AAUACCGCUUUCACUGCUGCGAUAACGACGCGUCGCCGACUAGCCGUCGCCCCGGGGCCUUAUAUAACGUAGCGCCGCAAAAUCGUCGGUUUCAGUCUCCGCCGGGACAGCCUCGUUCUCUCGCGUCUUCUACCUCCUCACGUUCCGCCCGCCGUCGCCGCAGCCGCACGAAAAAAUCUACCGGCCGACGAUGACAUCGAAAAACACGAUCAUGGAUUCGGACUGCAUGACACUAACGAGAUUCGUAUUGGCGGAGCAGCGUAAAGUGCCAACGGCUACCGGCGAUCUCACGCAGCUGCUCAACAGCAUACAGACCGCCGUAAAAGCCGUCAGCUCGGCCGUAAGGAAGGCCGGUAUCGCUAACAUGUACGGCAUCGCCGGCAAUACCAACGUUCAGGGCGAGGAAGUCAAGAAGCUGGACGUCCUGAGCAACGAGCUCUUCAUCAACAUGCUGACGUCCUCCUUCACCACGUGCGUGCUCGUGAGCGAGGAGAAUCAGAACGCCAUCGAGGUGGAAACGGAGAAGAGCGGCAAAUACGUCGUGUGCUUCGACCCGCUCGACGGCUCCUCCAACAUCGACUGCCUCGUCUCGGUGGGCUCGAUCUUCGGAAUUUAUAAAAAACCCGAACAAUCCGAGGAAUCCACGCUGCAGGCCGCACUGCAACCGGGACGGAACUUGGUCGCAGCCGGAUACGCUCUAUACGGCUCGGCGACUAUGAUAGUGCUCUCGAUCGGUCACGGCGUUAAUGGAUUCAUGUACGAUCCGGCCAUCGGGGAAUUUAUACUCACCGAGAGGAACAUGCGUAUGCCCGACAGAGGCAAUAUAUAUAGUAUUAACGAGGGUAACGAGAGCACGUGGGACUCGUCCAUCAAGGAGUACGUACAUUCCAAGAAAUAUCCCGCAACUGGAAAGCCCUACAGUGCCAGAUACGUGGGCUCGAUGGUAGCUGACGUACAUCGAACGAUUAAGUACGGCGGUAUCUUCUUGUAUCCCGCGAGCAAGAGCAGUCCCAACGGCAAGCUACGACUUCUGUACGAGUGCAUACCGAUGGCCUUCUUAGUCAAGGAAGCCGGCGGUCUGGCGACAAACGGAAAAAUUGAUAUUCUGGACAUCGUGCCGGAGAGCAUUCAUCAGAGAUCGCCCAUUUUCCUGGGCUCUAAGGACGACGUUAACGACGCAAUGACGUUUAUGAAAAAUAAGGCCGAACGAUGAAAACGAAGAAUCUCAAAUACUUACGCAAUCUCAAGAGCCUCUUUUAUACGACGGAUUGUUAUUUCACAUUUUGUAAUAAAUUAAUUUUUGUAUUAAA